AUGUGGGCGGCGGUGGGCCGUGAGACGCUCUCGCAUCUCUCGGGCACCGCGAGUUUGAUUGUUUGGAUCUUUGCCCAAUCCCCUCAAUUAUAUACCAAUUACAAGACGAAAAGUGUCGAUGGUCUUUCGGCUGUUUUCCUGCUACAGUGGACCGCCGGCGACCUGACCAACCUUGUCGGUUCGAUCCUUACGCACCAGCUGCCUAUGCAAAUUGUCAUUGCUGCGUACAUGCUGAGUGUCGAUCUUUGCCUCUGCGCGCAAUUUUGGGCGUACGGGAAGCCUUCCGCGAAGCCGUCCCACGAUCGGGACUCGUUUGUGUCGGAGCGUACGCCACUCUUGGUGGCCAAGUACCGACGCGGCGGACGUCACUCGCUGCGCUCGAACUCGCGUGCGACGCGCUCGUCGCGGCACCACGCCCCGGUCGUCGCCUACCGGCCGCAGUCGAAGCGGGCACGGUCUUCGGACGCGUGGGUCGUCCGUGGCCUGAAUGGCCACCGCUCGCACAGCACGCCGCACUUUAAGGAGGACCGCGCGCAGUCCCAGAGCUCACGCCGUCCGAGCGCUCAGCAGGACGAGUCGUUUUGGCCGUCGGACAUGGAAUCGUCCACCACCGAGUCGCUCGCACGCGGGCGCCGGCGAGAGCGCCUCGCUCUACCGGUGGAAGAGCCAGGGUCGCUCGCAGGUAGCAUGGUCGGUCCGGGCUCGGACGACGAGAGCGGGCGUGCUUUGGCGCCCGCGCCGCAUCUCCAGCGCAAGCGUCUCCUUGCCCCUAACCCCAGCACGACGCGCCGCGGCUCGGCCAUGGUCCUGCUCGGCGUCUAUGGCCUCUUCGCAUUCGGCCCUUUUCGCUCGAACCUCGUCGAGACUGGCGGGGGCGAGACGACGGUGCUGAGCACCGCCCCGGUCACGUCCUUGAGCAAUGCCUCGGUGAGCGAGCUGGGCAUGCUAGAGGACAGCUGGCGCACGCAGGAUACCAUACAUAUUGCGUCGCCCCGGCAUCCUGUGCUGCUAUACAUGCCAGAGGUGGCGACGAUGCACAACCACCGGUCGCGCCGCCGCCGUCCGCGGCUGUCCUUCAGUCAGCUGGUGGGCCGUAUCUCGGCGUGGGUGUGCACCCUCCUGUACAUGACGUCACGCCUGCCGCAGAUCUGGACCAACUUCCAGCGGCGCUCGGUCAAGGGCCUGUCGCUGUUGCUGUUUGUCUCGGCCUUUUUUGCCAACUUGCUGUACUCAGUCAGCAUCCUUUCCAACCCGAAAGCCGUGGGCCCCCAGCGUGAGGCAUUCCUGAUGGAGAGCCUUCCCUUCCUCUUGGGCGCGUGUGGAACCCUGGUAUUUGAUCUCGUGAUCAUUGUACAGUGGUACAUGUGGCACACACCAACGCAAACGACACAGGUAGCUGCCUAG